AUGGUUCAUGAUCACUUCCCAGCUGACAUCCACGCAUCAAAGACUGUCGCUGAGCUAGGUCGCCUCCUGUCCAGGGAACAACAGUCGAAAGGACAAAUUAUUUAUCUGCAGUCUCAGCCUGUGACUUACAGAAAUGACACAGAUAGAGAACUAAACUUCAGACAGGAGUCCAAUUUCUAUUAUCUUACUGGUUGUGACAUCCCUGCGUCUGCGUUGCUCGUCCUUAUACCGCCUCCCAAAAAAGGGGAGGCGUUUGGAAGGUCCGUACAGUCUACUCUUCUUAUUCCGGAGGAAGAUCCCUUGGAGAUAAUAUGGUCACCUCCCCCUCCUACGAUCGAACAAGCAAAAACAACGCAUCCAGCGAUGUCUUCUGUCCAGUAUACAAGGGCGCUCCCAAAAUUGAUCUCGUUAUUCAUCAAGAACUAUCCUGAUGCGUUGAUUCAGACUCUCCCAGUGGAGAAAGCUUUCCCGCCUCCGCUGGAGUCUUUCCUAUCUAUUGCGACCAAAAACAGGACAUCUGAAUUUCUUCUAUCCGCCCUCCACCGUGCCCGUCUCACCAAGACGCCGCAUGAGAUAUCAUUGAUUCGGAAAGCAAACGCUGUCAGUUCGCGGGCGCAUGAGCUUAUUAUGAGGAUGUUGGGAGAACAUGCACAUGAUGAUAUUGUUGGAAAUCUUCCGGACGGGAAGCUCGUGAUGCCCAACAAAUGGCGAAUUGAGAAAGAGGCGGAAGCGGAGGCUGCUUUCGUUGCUUCAUGUCGCAGAGAAGGAUCACUGCACCAGGCCUACUUGCCCAUCGUGGCAGGGGCUGAGCGGGCUGCGACAUUGCACUACUGCUGCAACGACAAAGACUUCGCAUGGGGACCCGUGACCGGCACAAAUGGGCGCCACCAUGGGCUUCAUCGUGAAAAUGGCACCCAUGCUAUUGGUCCAGGAUCACGUUUAGCUCCUCAGGUAUUACUGCUUGACGCGGGAUGUGAGUGGAAGAAUUACGCCAGCGACAUUACUCGCACUAUCCCAGUCGGUAACGGAGGGAAAUUCACCGAAGCUGCGAAGGAGAUAUAUUCGCUGGUACUAAAAAUGCAAAAUGACGCUAUCGCGAUGUUAAAGCCCGGUGUCCACUGGGACAGAAUACAUUACCAGUGCCACGUCACGCUAGUGAAGUCUUCCUUGAACUGGACAGCCAAAUCAGCGUCGGCAAGUGCAUUGAUGCUCUCCUUCUUUCCUCAUGGCCUAGGCCAUAGUAUUGGUCUUGAUGUUCAUGAUGUGCCGUCUGCUUCGAAGCCAAUAAAUAAUGACACGAUUCCAGCUGAUUCUAACAAACAUCCUAACUUCUACGCCUACUUGAGACUUCGCCUUCCACUUCAGGCAGGAAUGGUGUUGACUGUGGAACCUGGGGUUUACUUCUCCCCUUACCUAUUGGCCCCCCACCGAAAUUCGCCAUAUAUAAACACAGAAGUGCUCAAUACAUAUGAAACGGUUGGUGGUGUGCGUAUUGAAGAUGUAUUGGUCAUUACGGAGACAGGUUUUGAGAACCUCACAGCUGUCGACAAGGAUAUCGACUGGAUAGAGGCAGUAUGUGGGGGCCAUAAAUGA